ACACACCGCACCCUAUCCUCACGUAUUUUUGUUAUUUUUUUCACUUUCCGGUAACUUUGCAGAUUGCCGUUUCGCACUUUGAAUUGCCCGGGAGAUGAUGGCUUCCCGGCAAUUCGGCCAGUUCGGCCGUGCCUUAGGCCCGUCUUUGGUUGCCCCCCGUAACGUAAGGGCGAUAUCGAUAUCAAGGGCAGCCAACAAUGCCUGCUUUCACAUUCGAGUUGGACGGCCAAGGACCCAAGUUGUAUCUGGCCUUCGCCUCUACCAUUCCAAGUAUCCUACCUUGGAUGACUUCCCAAGGCGACAUAUCGGGCCGGAUGAGCUCAGCACCAGCCAGAUGUUGGAGGCCUUGUCUCCGCCUGCCAAGUCCCUGGACGAAUUCGUCACGCAGGUCAUUCCGUCUGACAUCUUGUCGUCACGGGAGCUUUUCCCCCUUGCGAGGAAGGAGUUCGAUACCGCCCUCGGAAAUGCCGUAAAGCCGGCUCUCAAGGAGUGGGAGGUCAAGAAGCUCGGAGAGAUGGCAGCGAGCUUGAAUAAGCCGACCAGGAGCUUCCUUGGAACCGGCUACUACGACACCAUCGUCCCGGAGGUCAUCAAAAGGAAUGUGCUUGAGAACCCCGCCUGGUACACGAGCUACACGCCUUACCAGCCGGAAAUUAGCCAAGGCAGAUUGGAGUCCUUGCUGAACUUCCAGACGCUGGUGUCAGACCUGACGGCGCUUCCAAUCUCAAAUGCGAGCCUUCUUGACGAAGGCACUGCCGCUUCCGAGGCCAUGACGCUCUCCCUGAAUGCUCUGUCGGCGUCUCGGGCCAGACGGGAGGGACGGACCUACGUGGUCUCGCACCGUGUCCACCCUCAGACCAUAUCUGUGCUGCGGAGCCGUGCCGAGGGCUUCGGGAUCAAGGUCGAAGUAAUGGAUGUCUCCACCUCUGAUUUUUCCAGCGUGGAGGCACUCGGCGAUGACCUCGUCGGCGUCUUGGUCCAGUAUCCAGACACGUGCGGCCAGGUUAACGACUACCGGGGGUUGGCGGAUGUUGUGCACAAACAGGGGGUGCUGCUCAGUGCCGCAACCGACCUCCUGGCCCUCACAGUUCUCACGCCACCGGGCGAAUGGGGCGCCGACGUAGCCUUUGGGACUUCUCAGAGACUCGGUGUUCCAUUGGGUUUCGGAGGACCGCAUGCUGCAUUCUUUGCUGUUACUGAAAAGCACAAGAGGAAGAUCCCGGGGCGCCUCGUCGGCCUCUCCAAAGAUCGUCUUGGCGGUCGAGCGCUGAGGCUGGCGUUGCAGACCCGCGAGCAGCACAUCAGGAGAGAGAAGGCCACCAGCAAUGUCUGCACAGCUCAAGCAUUGCUGGCGAACAUGAGUGCCUUGUAUGCCGUCUAUCACGGACCAGAAGGCCUGAAGGCCAUCGCGGAGAGGUGUAUCCGAGGCGCGAGGGUCGUCCAAGCAGCUGCCCAGCAUCUGGGAUUCCGGACUCUCGGAUCCGAUUCCUCCAAGGUCCCCUUUGACACAGUCGUUGUAAUCAGCCCCGGGAAGGCCAGCAAAAUUGUCAAGGAGGCUGCAAGCGCCGGCAUCAAUGUUCGCCUCGUUGACGAGGAUAGCGUCGGCAUCAGCAUUGACGAAGCCACUACCGAAACGGACCUGUCUCAACUCAUCAAGGUGUUGCAGUCCUCGGCAGCCACCUCUAGUGGAGAGAAAGAUGGCGAGCUGCUGAACAGGCUGCUAGAGGAGACGGGCGGCGCGGAAUACAGCAGCACAGACGCGAUUCCAGAGGCGUUGCGUAGAACAAGCCCUUACCUGACGCACCCGGUCUUCAACACGCAUCACUCCGAAACGGAACUCCUCAGAUACAUGCACCACCUCCAGUCGAAGGAUCUGUCUCUCGUGCAUUCCAUGAUCCCCCUUGGUUCCUGCACAAUGAAGCUCAACGGCUCGACCGAGAUGGCCCUGAUCACCCAGCCAGGAUUCGCCAAUGUGCACCCUCAUGCCCCCAAAGACCAGACCUUGGGCUACCAGAGGCUCAUCGCAUCAUUGGAAGACCAGCUCAGUGAUAUCACCGGGAUGGAUGCCACUUCCUUGCAACCGAACUCGGGAGCCCAGGGAGAAUUUGCGGGCUUGCGCGUAAUUCGCAAGUACCACGAAAGCAGAGGUGACGCCAAGCGAGACCUCUGCCUCAUUCCCGUAUCCGCCCACGGGACAAAUCCGGCAUCCGCUGCGAUGGCGGGGAUGAGAGUUCUGCCCAUCAAGUGCGAUACCAAGACUGGCAACCUGGAUCUCGCAGACUUGGAAGCCAAGUGCGAGAAGCACGCCAAGGAGAUCGGUGCCAUGAUGAUCACCUAUCCCAGCACGUUCGGCGUCUUCGAGCCCCAGAUCAAAAAGGUCUGCCAGAUUGUCCAUGAGCACGGCGGCCAGGUGUACAUGGACGGCGCCAACAUGAAUGCCCAGAUCGGCCUUUGCUCCCCGGGAGAGAUCGGCGCCGAUGUCUGCCAUCUGAACCUGCACAAGACCUUCUGCAUCCCCCACGGCGGCGGAGGUCCCGGCGUCGGCCCCAUCUGUGUCAAGGAGCACCUAGCACAGUACUUGCCGUCGACCAACGUCCUGAACACGAACGAGGUAAACCACCCGGUCAGCAGCGCCCCCUACGGGAGCGCGAGCAUCUUGCCCAUCAGCUGGGCGUAUAACACGCUCAUGGGCGCGGAUGGCCUCAAGCACGCGACCAAGAUCACGCUGCUCAACGCCAACUAUCUCCUCUGCCGCCUGAAGCCGCACUACCAGAUCCUGUACACCAACGAGCACGGCCGCUGCGCGCACGAGUUCAUCCUCGACGCUCGGCCGUUCCGGGAGACGGCCGGCAUCGAGGCCAUCGACAUCGCCAAGCGGCUCCAGGACUACGGCUUCCACGCGCCGACCAUGAGCUGGCCGGUGGCCAAUACGCUGAUGAUCGAGCCGACAGAGUCCGAGUCCAAGGAGGAGCUGGACCGCUUCGUCGAUGCCCUAAUCAGCAUCCGCGCCGAGAUCCGCGAGAUCGAGGAGGGCAGGAUGCCGCGCGAGGGCAACGUGCUCAAGCGGGCGCCCCACCCCAUCCACGACAUCGUCGACGGCGAUGGCGGUGCCAGCUGGGACAGGCCCUACUCGAGGGAGAGGGCCGCUUACCCGCUCUCGUGGCUGCGGGAGAAGAAGUUCUGGCCCAGCGUUGCGCGGGUCGAUGAUACAUACGGCGACUUGAACCUCUUCUGCACCUGUCCUCCCGUUGAGGAUACCACGGGUGGGAACAUCUCUUCCGUGGGAUAAUCCCAGAAAGGGGUGUUUAAGAGCCUAGUUUUAGGCUAGGGGCGUCGAGGGGAGGGAGAGGGAGAGGGAAAUGAAUGAGGCGAACACCUUCAGGCAUGGCGCUUCCGGAGUGGUCAUUGGUUUCAAGGCCUGGUCGAGCUUUUCAACAUAAUCGAGGGCGCAAUUCAUGGCGAAUAUUAGAGUUCGGGAAGGGGGUUUUCAACACUCAUAUAUAACCUAGGUAUCUUUGGCGGGUUUAUUUCGAAAAUCACUGAUGCUAGACGAGGCCCAGAUAGCAAGGGUUCAUCAUUACCAUAACAAAUCAAGUAUCAACUUCUUGGGUCUUUGAUAUGAGUUCGUCGUACACAGGCUGAUGUUCCCCGAUGGUCGGCACCUUACUUACUCCAAAG